AUAUCUUGUUGAAUAAAAAUAUUUCACUAGAAAUUCAGAGGGAGAAUCAACUGAUCAAAUAUUCAAUAUCGAACACGCACCUCACCUCUAACAGGAGGAAGUCACUUGAUUGAUUAAAAGUGAAACUGACCCCGGUACAGCUUUAAAGAGACCUGCAUGCAUCCUUCAGGUAUUUUUUGCAGCGCGCGCUGCUGUGACGCGCGGUCACAUCGCGUCAGGUCAGCAUCGGAAAUGAAUGCGCUGCAACACAGACAGGAUGAGACCGGAUCCGGUGUGCACAACAUACAUCCACAAUUAAUUAUAACCGGAGCUUUCCUCUGAGCAGCAGCUCGUCCUCCUGCGGUCACCCUGCCGCUCUGUGGAUCUGUUUCCUGCAUUUUCAAGGUGUUUUGGGGCCGAAGUCAAGAGAACCUGGAGCCCGGAGAGGGAAUAUUUACAAGAAGAUUUGUGGAUUAUAUAGAAUUAGAAAGCGUUUGGGGCAGAGAGCUGCAGUCAAAUUAAUGGAAAAUUAAUUAGACGAAGUGAGAAAACAGUUUCUCGUUGAGAAAGUUUUGUCAAAUUCUCUCGUCAACUAAUUCGCGUUCCGCAGCUCUCCAUCUGCGGAGCGAAGUUCAGACUGAAAUUACAGAGGAAAUGUGAAGUUUUCUCCUCAUUCAUGCACCGAGUCAGAUCUCUGCUUCAGAUGUGUGUGUGGAUGUAAAACGCUGCAGGUUUGGUUUCACCUCUCAAAGCUGAAACUCGACCCUCCUGCCCCUCACCUCUGCCCGCAAACCGGGGGCGCCCCGAGCUGGAGGUGCCGCGGGAGACGCCAUGGGACGAUCCAAAUACUAAUGUGAUGGGCUGUUGAUGGAGAGGAUUUCGAAUGUCAGCCGGGACAGUGGUCAUCGCAGGAGGAAUUCUGGCUACAGUCAUCUUACUGACCAUCGUCGCUGUACUGUGUUUAUGUAGGUUGCAGUAUUACUGCUGUAAGAGGGAGGAGUCUGAGAAGGGGGAAGAGGAGGAACCAGAGCUCGCCACCAUGUCGCCGUCCCGCCCCCUGGCUCUGUCCGCUCCUCCUACGCCUCCGACGCCGGAGCACUACAGCGAUGAGCCCGAGAGCUACCCUCCCACCUUCCUCACUGAGGCCAACGGGCCGGCCAGCUUCUCCCCCACCCCUCCACCACGCAGGUGCCAGCGCUCGCAUGCCUUCUGCCCGUCCUGCGCCCGCUGUUCGCUGCCCUUCUAUCUGCAGCACCCAGAGAGGCUGUGCAACGGCGGGCGCAGGAUCAGCUACAGGACUGUGCAGCAGCAGGACCUGGAACUGCCCAUGGACCUGGCCAGCUUCUACCAGAAGCUCAACCUCAUCCGCUCUGUCACCAUGAGGGAGGUGGUCACCCACAGUGUCAGCACCGACGUCUAGGAGGAGGCAGGGUGGAGCAGGGCCGCCCUGCUGCUGACUGCAGACACACUAACUUAGUCUGGCUGUGGUCGCAGCAUUAACACCGGACUGAACUGAUAAAUGACAACACUGAGGGCUUUUACAUGACAGCCAUGAUGGAGGUCAACUUCUCUAAAGCAACUGUUUCUGAACACAAAAUGUUUCUGACGAACUUGAACAGAACAAUUUUUGUCAGUUAUAACUUAAAACUGAUCAUUUUGACCAGUAUGUCUGAUUUUGUGUUCAAGCUAGUUAAUUAACUGAUCAAUAUAUGUGUGUGUCAAAGUAUAAACAAGACGAUUUUCAAUUUGAGCUUUUAUCAGUAAGUUUCACACAGAUUUUUCUUUAGUUUGAACGCACCACACAUGAGAUAGAAAUGGAGGUAAAAACCCUAAAUAAACAGACUGAUGGAGUUAGCUUGCUAGCUAACAGUUUGAUCAGGUUCAACUGAAUCUCUUUUUUUAAAGGAUAAGUCUGGUCUUACUGUCAACAAAUCCCAGGUGAGAUCUAAAACCGAGAAGCCUGAUAUAUGAACACACUCACUAGUUUAUUUUGACUCAGUCCCACGUGCACCAUCCUGCUGCCCCUAAUACUGACUAGAACACCAAACGUGUAUUAAUCCGCCGCUGAAAAUAGUCCCCAACAAAUGCAACAUUUCCUCCUGUUUGAGUAAUGUCUCUUAAAAGCCUUCAGCAUAGACCAAUGGGCUUGGAGCUGAGAGCCACAGACACAGUGGGGAAGUCAGAACUAACACUUUGUUGGUUUGUUUUUUUCCUUGGGAUUUGUUGACAGUAAAUUAUUGAAUAACACCAACCUUAUCCUUGAAGCUCCAAAUCAUGAGCAUCUGGGGAGGAAAUAAAACAAGUCAGUAGCUUCCAGUCGGAGACCAAUUUAUCAGAUUGUCACUGACUUUCACCUACAGUCACAAAAAGUUCAGUUUCCUGUGUUUCCACUGUUUUGAAAUAUAUCCUGUGUGAAAAUCCAGUUCUCCAGCAGAGCAGUUUACUCACUCUACCACCUCACUGUGGUUUAACCACACAGAUAUGCAGACAUGUUUUUUGUGUGUGUGCUUGUUAGUGUAGCAGAAACUGUACAGAGUGUCCAAUAACUGUAAAACUUCACAUUUCUUUCUUUCAUGAUGGAGUUCCCUCACUUAUCACAAUCCAGUACUUUCCCAUACUGAACUUUAUCAUCUCUUUAUUUAGGCUGACGUCUCUGCACAGUCACGGUGAACCUGCACCGAUGUUCUUACUCAGAGUCGAGAUCUAAUCAGACAAACUAAUUGAAAACACCUGUGUAGGUCUGCAGAGCCCUUAAAGAUAAAAAACAGCUCCCAUCAACAGUUCAGUUUAGAGCUUUUAGGGGAAGAAACAAAUUUGUUUUUAAGGCAUUACUUAAAAUUUAGAUUUAAAAUUCUGCAACAACAGAAAGCAGAUGAAAUGGAGGGUGUGGUGUGACAAAAUAAGUGUACUCAGUGUAUAACUGCAAAUUACAAGAAUUUAAUUAUUGACAAAAAGGUGAAUUGUUAUUUUCAAACUUAAAUUUUGACAAACUUAAACCCACAAAUGAUUUCAUCUCAUUUUUUUAAAAUUCAAUCUUUAUGUGAAAUUUAGUUCUUGAGUUUGAGGAAUGAACUUUAACUUGGUGACCUUUGAACUCUUUCUCCCAUAAACUUUAAUAGCAUACGUUUGAUGUGAAGACUUUUUAUUGAUAUCAAGAACUGACUGGAUGAUACCUGAUUACCUUGUUAUAAGUAAACAUACAUAUAUGCUCAAACUCCCUCUCACAGAGUUUCUGGUUGACUCAUGUUUGUGUUCACUUGUGUAGAUUUAUCAGCACGGGGCUGCACUUUUUACGUUCUGUUUUUGAUUUUACAUCAGACAGUGAAGUGCUGAGUGGUGAUUCUGUCGGGAUGUGACUUUUUCAGUUUGUGAAUUCUUGUUUGUCUGCAGAGCGUCAUGGCGCAGAAAACAAACUGAAAUUUAAAGGGCUUUUCUGAAGCAUUCAACGAUCCAACGACUGUGAUUUCUGAAAGACAACAAGACAAAGACAAAGACAUCCUGCUGUAGAUCGAUGCUGUACUGUAAACCAGGAGUUUGACUCCAACAUGAGACACAGAGCAUUUAAGAAAAAUCAAACUAAAUAAUAAAGUCACACACUUUGGUAUUUCUUAAAGCAACAUUAUGUAACUGUUGUGAGUGGAACCACACAGCUGGAGCUCGAGUCAAGAGAUUGAAUAAUCUUUGUUCUAUGUUACAUGAAAACCGCUCGGACUCAGAGCCCAGCUGAGGUAGUUCCCGCUCGGGUCUGCAGAGGGUGCUGCUGCUCAGCCAGAGUUACGUCUUGUUGCUUUAGUGAUGGGACAGUAGAUGAGUGUUUGAUAUAUUUUACAAACUUCACAUCAGGAGGGAAAACAGCUGAACUCCUGUGCUGUGUCUCACUUCUCAUACUUCCACACUCACACUCGCUAUUGGAAGCAUUCAGUGAACUAUAAGCACGAGGAUGGUGACUCAGAAUGGUCAAAAAGUUGACUGUGAUAUGCUGGAUACUCGUCAUCUUGGCUGCAGGAAGAGACCACCAGCAUAUUUUCAAACUUGUGAGAAGCAGGAGAGAGGACGUGUUGUCUGUGCCGUGGUGUCCUAAUGUCUAUUUUGUGUUAAACGGUGCACAUGCAAGAGUAAAACUUUUGAAACUUUUAUUUGUCUAAUUAAGUGAGCAAAGCAGCUGCCGCAUAUUUUGACAGGUUACAGUCACAUGUUGCUAUCAUCAUCACACGAUCCUGUUGAAAUUCACGCACUACACCGGUGAGUAUACUGUGUACACAGUGUACUACUUGUCAGAAGUAUCUGAUUGGAGACACAGCACAGGAGAGUUUUCCUUCAGUCACAAAAUAAACAUCCAGCGAACGUGUUCUGGAAUAAAACUCUUCAUAAGCUCAGUUUAUUCUGGUCGUCCCACUAAAACGAGUCUCUGGUGUUUCUUCUGUUGUGUGAUUUGUCCCUGUGUGUGUUUGAUCAAAGUGUGUGAAGCCUCAGGUAGUAAGACUUAGUGAUGAUCUAACAUUGUUGAUGAGUGUAUUAGACGGAUGAACGAGUGCACAACCUGCAAUCGUGUUGCUUCCACUUUGUCCUGUUUGUAAAAUAGAGGCUGAAUGCAAUACUCAAGUUUGUCGCUGUAUGUUGCAUCAAUAAAAGACAUGAGCUCAUGUGGUUAAAGUUAACUACAUCUCAUUUCCUGUCAACAUACAGAAUAAAGCCAAUUCUGCAUCAGUGACUUCGAGUCUCAUACUCCCUGCACCAAAGUAGUAUAGUAAUCGGUGCACAGCCAUAGUUGGGGUUAAGAUUUGCUUGGCUUUGUUCAGGGUGAAGUGUUUGGAAUAGAAAUUUCUGUCCUGUUGAUGAAUAAAGCCUCUGACGUGAUCCGUUCUGGACGUUCGGGGAGAUGAAGCUGCAGAUUCAACCAGAGUGAAGAUUCAUUGUUCAGUGAGUGUAUCCUGACAUCAAGUCUUCAGCCUCUUUUUUUGUUUUUG